CCCAGACCUGCGCAGGUCUCUGUCCUGCACCAUCACCAUCACCAUCACCAUCACCUCCCCCAGAUCCGCUCCAUCCUCCAGCGUCCUCUGCUGCCGUCUCGACCUGCUUCUGCUUCUGCUUCAUCUUCUGCUCCCUCCCCCCGCCUUGGCCUCUAAGUAAUACCAUAAUACCUCAGCCCCGCGACCCCCAGCUCGGUCCAGCCAUCGCUUUUUGCUCCCUGUCGAUCGCUUUGAAAUAGCCCUCCUUCCCCUUUGUCGCCAUGAAGCUCGCUUCCUCGCUCAACCCCAAGGCCGUUCCGUUUCUGCCUGCCUCCUGUCCCCGUCUGUCCUGCGACUCCGAGUCCGAGACCUCCCGGUGCUCCGAGGACACUGUGUGUGGAGCCGCCCCGCACGACCGGCUCUGCGAGAGCCAGCUGCCUGUAUCGCCCCUGACCCCAGAGCAAGCCUUUGCUCCCAAGCGAGUCUCUUUUGUCAGCACAGUCGCUGUUGGCGUCACGUUUUCGAAGCUGGACUAUGAUCGCAAACCGAUCGAUGUCGAUCCAAUCACCAAAGAGGACAUCCAAGAGAUGUUCCGGUACCGUGCCGAGAUGGCCUUCAACUACCCGCCCCUGGCCCUCCAGCCCAACUCCCGCGCGGCCCAGUGCGCCUUCCCUGUCGAGUCGCUGCCCUUCCGCCCUGUUCCUCGCCGCGAUCUGAUGACCGCCAAUGCCGCCGCCUCCGUGCAGCCGCCUUCCUUCGGCCCCUAUGUAUAUAAGCCCAUCUCGCUCAGUAAUGCCUACGACCCUGUUACGCCGCCUCCGUCGCCGAUCCCUAUGGCCUAUACCUCCUUCCACUACACAGCCAAGUCUUCUGUCUCAACGCUGCGACCCUUCCAUCCAUCGCCGAGCCCGUCUGCUGCGUGUGCCAAGCUCCCCCAGCAGUUCGAUCAGGUGCCGACCGGCAACAACUUUGCUGCCAUUGGCCCUCCCUCUUGGAGCAUGUACCACCUCUGUCAGCCCCAGCCCCAGCCCCAGCUGCAAUCUCAGUCGCAGCUCCAGUCGCAGCUCCAGUCUCAGCUCCAGCUCCAAUCUCAGCCUCAGCCUCAACUUUCGUCUCGACUCCAGCCCCAGCACCACGCACAGCACACACAGCACCCACUUCACCCAUCCCACAACCGCCAUCAGCAUCACCAUCACCAUCAAUAUCGUCAAAAUAUCCAGCAAUAUCAUCUUCCGCAUCACUACUCCAAGCAGCCGCCCUUGACAUCAAGUUUUGUUCCUGUCGCCACGAUGAAAACCACCAUAUAGAUCUAAUUCGGCUGUCGGUGCUCGCCUGGCCCCAAGCAUGCGCUCCGCGCUGCAUGUGUGUUCUUGUAUGCUUAUUCUCUGCUCGAGCGAAUGUACUCUGCGUUUCUAAUCCUUCUGUAUGUAAAUACCGCCGUCGAUCACUGGCCGUCUGUCCU